UGACGUCUGUUUGCCAAACGCGAGAUGAGUGAGAACUACGUAGCUACAUUGUAGCAACUUACAUCAACGCCUUUCCACAACAAAGGCGAUAUAUUUUACAGUAAUUCUUUCUACUCAAAUUCUACAAAAUAUAAUGGAAUCGGAGAACAAAGCUAGAAAGAGGGUACAUUUGGAGGAAGAAGAGAAGCCAGGGUCGGAGGGGUCAGAUGAUGACGACUACGUGCCCUAUGUACCUGUCAAGCAAAGGAAGCAGGAGAUGCUGCAGAAGCUGCUGCGGCUCCGGGGUAAGGGCCUGACGGAAGAGGAGCAGAAGGACAGCGGCGGCGAGCAGAGGGACGAUGACGAAGGCAUCGGCCCGCGCUCCAACGUCAGCCUGCUGGACCAGCACCAGCACCUCAAGGAGAAGGCAGAGGCACGAAAGGAGUCGGCGAAGGAGAAACAGCUGAAGGAGGAAGAGAAGAUCUUGGAAAGCGUAGCUGAGGGGAGAGCUUUGAUGUCUGUGAAGGAGAUGGCCAAGGGAAUUACAUACGACGAUCCAAUAAAAACAAGCUGGAGGGCCCCUCGGUACAUCCUGAAUAUGCCCACGGCACGUCAUGAACGCGUGCGGAAGAAGUACCACAUCCUGGUGGAGGGGGAGGGCAUCCCUCCGCCCAUCAAGAGCUUCAGAGAGAUGAAGUUCCCACAAGCAAUAUUGAAAGGGCUGAAAAAGAAAGGAAUUGUUCAUCCAACACCCAUUCAGAUCCAAGGCAUCCCAACAAUUCUUUCAGGACGGGACAUGAUCGGGAUUGCCUUCACCGGCUCAGGGAAGACCCUUGUGUUCACUCUUCCCAUCAUUAUGUUCUCUCUGGAGCAAGAGAAGAGACUGCCUUUCUACAAGAGAGAAGGGCCCUAUGGCCUCAUCAUCUGCCCAUCUAGGGAGCUGGCGAGACAGACCCACAGCAUCAUCGAGUACUACUGCAAGCUCCUGGAGGAGGAGGGGGCGCCGCAGCUGCGCUGCGCCCUCUGCAUCGGGGGCAUGUCGGUCAAAGAGCAGAUGGAGGUGGUCAAGCACGGCGUACACAUGAUGGUGGCCACGCCCGGGCGGCUGAUGGACCUGCUGCAGAAGAAGAUGGUGAGCCUGGACAUAUGCCGCUACCUGGCUCUGGACGAGGCCGACAGGAUGAUCGACAUGGGGUUCGAGGAGGACAUCCGCACCAUUUUCUCCUACUUCAAGGGUCAGAGACAGACUUUGCUGUUCAGUGCCACCAUGCCGAAGAAGAUCCAGAACUUUGCCAAGAGUGCCCUGGUCAAGCCCAUCACCAUCAACGUCGGCAGGGCAGGAGCUGCCAGUUUGGACGUCAUCCAGGAAGUGGAGUACGUGAAGGAGGAAGCUAAAAUGGUGUACCUCCUAGAGUGCCUGCAGAAAACCCCGCCUCCUGUCCUGAUGUUUGCUGAGAAGAAGGCUGAUGUGGACGCCAUUCACGAGUAUCUGCUGCUGAAGGGCGUAGAGGCGGUGGCCAUUCAUGGAGGGAAAGACCAAGAGGAGAGGACCAAAGCUAUCGAAGCCUUCAAGGAGGGAAAGAAGGACGUGCUGGUGGCCACUGACGUCGCCUCCAAGGGUCUGGAUUUCCCUGCCAUCCAGCACGUUGUGAAUUACGACAUGCCGGAGGAGAUUGAGAACUACGUCCACAGAAUUGGUCGUACGGGACGAUCAGGGAAGACGGGGAUUGCCACCACGUUCAUUAACAAGGGCUGCGAUGAGUCCGUUCUGAUGGACCUGAAGGCUCUGUUAAUUGAGGCAAAGCAGAAGGUGCCGCCCGUGCUGCAGGUUCUCCAGACAGGCGAUGAAACCAUGUUGGACAUUGGAGGGGAGCGAGGCUGUACCUUCUGCGGAGGUCUGGGUCAUCGUAUCACAGACUGUCCCAAACUGGAGGCCAUGCAGACCAAGCAGGUCACCAACAUCGGCCGCAAAGACUACCUGGCUCACAGCUCGAUGGACUUCUGACUGUGCUGGCUGAAAGGCUGUGCCAGGGCAACCUUUUUCACUUCGGCUCAGCCAGUGAUCCACCGCAGAGUCCAUUUCUUUUUCACCCUGCCGUGGAGUAAUGUUGAAAGUAGCUGGAAAAAGGUCACCCUGUUUCAGAACCGUUUUUAUUUGAUGUGUAUAUAUUUUUAUAAUUCUCCAAGCUUGCUCAGAGUAGCAGAGGUGUGUAACUGAAACAUACUCUCUUAAUUCUGUCAUUUUUCUCUGUUAAAACAUGUGAAUGCCAUUUUCCAUGCUGAUAGUAUUCCGCAAGCAUUGUGACAUGU